AUGACCCCAUCGACAACGCAUGCGCACUUGCUGUGUUGCCAGGCUUCUUACUCUUCGCUUUUUGCAUUAUCUCGAUCUCACUCUUACUCUUCGACUCUGACUAAAUAUUCAUCUUUUUCAGUGUGUACGGACCACUCUCCCCCGCACACCCCUCUCUCUCUCUUUCUCUUCUUCUUUCUAUUAUAUAUCUAUCUAUCUAUCAUCUAUUCAUUAUCUAUAUCAUAUCUAUCUAUCUAUCUAUCUAUCUAUCUAUCUAUCUAUCUAUCUAGUUCUUUCAUUCAUAUCUAUCUCUAUCUAUUCAUCUAUCUAUCUAUCUAUCAUUAUCUAUCCAUCUAUCUAUCUAUCUAUCUAUCUAUCUAUCUAUCAUCUAUUCAUAUCUAUAUCUAUCUAUCUAUCUAUCUAUCUAUAUCUAUUAUCUAUCUAUCUCAGUUCUUUUCAUUCAUCCAUAUCUAUCUAUCAUAUCAUCUAUCUCAUCUAUCUAUCUAUCUAUAUCUCAGUUCUUUUCAUCUAUCUAUCUAUCUAUCUAUCUAUCUAUCUAUCUAUCUAUCUCAUCUAUCAUCUCCAGUUCUAUUUUCUUUCAUCUAUCUAUCUAUCUAUCUAUCUAUCUAUCUAUCUAUCCAUCUAUCUAUCUAUCUCAGUUCUUUUCAUCCAUCUAUCUAUCUAUCUAUCAUCCAUCAUAUCCAUCUAUCUAUCUCAUCUUUCAUAUCUAUCUAUCUCAGUUCAUUUUCUAUCAUCUAUCUAUCCAUCCAUCCAUCCAUCCAUCCAUCCAUCUAUAUCUAUCUAUCUAGUUCUUUUCUAUCUCAGUCCAUCUAUCUAUCUAUCUAUUCAUAUCUCAUCUCAUCUUCUAUUCAUCUAUCUAUCUAUCUAUCUCAUCAUUCAUCCAUCCAUCUAUCUAUCUAUCAUCUAUUCAUCUAUCUAUCUCAGUUCUUUUCAUAUCUCAUUCAUCUAUCUAUCUAUCUAUCUAUCUAUCUCAUCUAUCUAUCUGUAUCUAUCUAUUAUCUUCUAUUCAUUAUCUAUUCAUCUAUCUAUCAUCUAUCUAUCUAUCUAUAUCUAUCUAUCUAUCUGUUCUUUUCAUCUAUCUAUCUAUCUAUCUAUCUAUCUAUCUAUCUAUCUAUCUAUCAUCUAUCUAUCUCAGUUCUAUUUUCAUAUCUAUCUAUCUAUCUAUCUAUCUAUCUAUCUAUCUAUCUAUCUAUCUAUCUAUCUAAUCUUUUUUCUUGUGGAAGUUCAUAUUUUUUACCUUUUGCACUUUCGAUCCUGGUGUCAUUGAGAAGAAAACAAUGCAUUUCUGACAUGUUGGCUUGGAAAAUGGCGUCCCUAGUCGCUUUUCCUGUCGUGACAAACGCUUGA